AUAAGAGCAUAAGAAUUCAAAAGAAAAAAGACUUAAAAUAGAAAAAAAGGGAAAUCAGUUUCAAAAAUCCAAAAUAAUCUGUGAAGAAGUUGUAGAGAGAGCUGCCCUUUUUCAUGGAAUUACACGUAUUACGAAUAUCCUCUGUAUUUCCAUUAACUUCCAUAACCAAACACAGCCUUAUUCUAUCCAAACCUAAUUUCCCCAUUUCUCUCAAUUUUUCAAACAUUUCCAAAUUUUCAUUGACAGUGGAUUCAUCCCAGAAGAAAAACGACGUCGUUUUUGACGACGCUGCAUAUGAAGCCGAGCGUCACAGGCUCGACGCCGAGGCUAGAAAAGCCAUGGCUGAAAUAUGUGAAUUGGAGACCCAAGAAAAAGAAGACCCGAAAGCUUGGAAAUGGGUUAUUAGAAAACGGGUUUGGAAUUUGAUGGAAGCCCGAAAUAUAGCCCAAUUUCCAAGACCCGUUCAUCAUCGGAUACCCAGUUUUAUUGGUGCUUCAAUUGCUGCUGAUAAGUUGAGUGAACUGGAGGAGUUUAAAGUGGCUAAAUGUGUGAAGGUGAAUCCGGAUACACCACAAAAGCAUGUGAGGUUUCUCACACUUGAUGGAGGGAAACAACUAUUGACACCACAACCUCGCCUUAGGACAGGUUUUUUCUCUGUACUUGAAGCUAGUAUGUUAUCUGCUGGUACCAUUAAGGAGGCCUGCACUUCUCCUGGAGUUGCCAAAUAUGGAAGACCGAUUGGUUUGGAUGAGAAAAUAAAGGUGGACUUGAUCGUUAUUGGUUCAGUUGCAGUUGACCCAAAGACGGGUGCUAGACUCGGCAAGGGAGAGGGAUUUGCUGAGCUUGAAUAUGGCAUGCUGCGAUACAUGGGGGCAAUUGAUGACUCAACACCAGUUGUCACAUCCGUGCAUGACGAACAGUUGGUAGAUGAUAUCCCUAUUGACAAGCUAUUGAUCCAUGAUGUACCGGUUGACAUCAUAUGUACUCCAACUCGGGUCAUAUUUACAAACACAUCUAUCCCAAAGCCUCAAGGGAUAUAUUGGGAGAAGCUCUCUCCUGAAAAGCUUAGGCAAAUUCGAAUACUCAGACAGCUGAAACGUAAAAUUGAACAAGAGACUGGACAAAAGCUUCCAACUGGCCCUUCUGAGAAACUACCACCAACUGCGCAGCGCCAACGCUGAUAUAUUUACCUUUCCUUCAAAUAUAUGAAGUUGAUUAGGAAGUAAAUUUGUUAUGAAACCUUAUGUAGUUUUCUUGUACUUAUUUUAGGUCCAAAGCAUAUCAGUAAACUGUAAAGUCAUGUAAUGGCUAAUGCUGACAUAUGUUGCAAUGGUGAUGUAAAAGAAAUUUUCUUGUAAAGACAGAACUUUUAUUCUCAUACUAAAUCAUCUCAAAAUUUAGUA